CGCUGCCCUCGACAGCGGCAAGUUUGGGAGUUGCACUAGUUGGCGGGGUGCGGGGGAGGCCGGGCGGGGGGCCAUGGAGGAGGACCGGGGGUCGUCGCCGGGGGCCGAGUCGGCGCUGGAGAAGAACGUGGCGGAGCUGACCGUCAUGGACGUGUACGACAUCGCGUCGCUCGUGGGCCACGAGUUCGAGCGGGUCAUCGAUCAGCACGGCUGCGAGGCCAUCGCGCGCCUCAUGCCCAAGGUCGUGCGCGUCCUGGAGAUCCUGGAGGUGCUGGUCAGCCGCCACCACGUCGCGCCCGAGCUGGACGAGCUGCGCCUCGAGCUGGACCGUCUGCGCCUGGAGAGGAUGGACCGCAUCGAGAAGGAGCGCAAGCACCAGAAGGAGCUGGAGCUGGUGGAGGACGUGUGGCGAGGGGAGGCACAGGACCUGCUUUCCCAGAUCGCCCAGCUUCAGGAGGAGAACAAACAGCUCAUGACCAACCUCUCCCACAAGGACGUCAGCUUCUCCGAGGAGGAGUUCCAGAAGCAUGAAGGCAUGUCGGAGCGGGAGCGGCAGGUGAUGAAGAAGCUGAAGGAGGUGGUGGACAAGCAGCGCGACGAGAUCCGCGCCAAGGACAGGGAGCUCGGUCUGAAGAACGAGGACGUCGAGGCUCUGCAGCAGCAGCAGACACGGCUGAUGAAGAUCAACCAUGACCUUCGGCACCGCGUCACAGUGGUGGAAGCCCAGGGGAAGGCCCUGAUUGAACAGAAGGUAGAACUGGAGGCAGAUUUGCAAACCAAGGAGCAGGAGAUGGGCAGCCUGCGGGCGGAGCUUGGGAAGCUGCGAGAGAGGCUGCAGGGUGAGCUCAGCCAGAACGGGGCAGAGGAGCCCGAGACGGAGCCGGGCGGAGAGGAGAGUGUCUCAGAGGCGGAGAAGGUGGCCAUGGAUCUCAAGGACCCCAACCGCCCCCGAUUCACGCUGCAGGAGCUGCGGGACGUGCUGCAUGAGAGGAAUGAGCUCAAGUCCAAGGUGUUCUUGUUGCAGGAGGAGCUGGCGUACUAUAAGAGUGAAGAAAUAGAAGAGGAAAAUCGAAUACCCCAGCCUCCACCCGUCGCGCACCCGAGAAUGUCCCCCCAGCCGGAGUCUGGGAUCAAGAGACUUAAAGAAGGUCCUUUAAGUGACGGGUUUAGCUUCUUCUCCCGAGAUAAGAAGCGCCUGGCCAACACGCAGAGGAACGUGCACAUCCAGGAGUCCUUUGGCCAGUGGGCCAACUCCCACCGUGAUGACGGUUACACGGAGCAAGGACAGGAAGCCCUGCAGCACCUGUGACCGUGGCCCACCUCUGCCCUCGGGCCUGAACCGCUCACCGCCAGCGCCUGCAGCAGAACCUGCAGCCUCAGGUGUCAGGACCCUGCACCCCUCUCGGUUCAGAUGCACCCUCAAAACUGAUCCCUCAAACAAACUGUCUGCUUCGAGGAAGCACAUUGAAAAACUGAUGCCAAACUCUAAAGAAAUGUUUAUUUAUACCCAGGGCUGUCACCGUUUAUGAUAGAUGACUCCGAUCCCUUAGGAUAUAUAUUUAAUAAUAUCAUGAGCAGAGGCCAGACUUUUGCAUUAACUUCAGUAACACAAGCUUCUUUGAGCCAAAUACAUCACUUGCCAUUACAAUUGCUGUUUCACUUGCUUUGUAUGAAACUCUGUGGAGAGGUUUUAUUAUCACGUUUGUCACACUUAAGUGGGAGACAGGGAAAUGGUAGGUUUUCGUUAGUUACGUUCAUGAAAUUGUCGUGGUGGUAGCCUAAUAUAUAGGAUGCAUCGAUUCAGUAAGCAGGGCCUCCAAAGUCACAGGAUGAGCCGGCCCAGCUCAGACACAGAGCAACAGAAAAUAUGGACAACAGUCCUCCCACCUGGAAACUGGAGACAACUCUGCAAGAGCUGGCGGUUCUCUCCUGCACCUUGUUACUGAUAAUGCCUGGAGCAUGUAGCAAUGUUCAAGGCGAGUGCCUUGGAAUCAGCUGUGAAUUCUGCAGUACUAACCAAACAAAGUUGCUAAGGAUGAGACAUUGCAAUGUUUCUUGUGUGGAUUUUUUUUCUUGGCCUCUUUUUUUCCCCGUUAGCCUUCACCAUGUCAAAUACGUAGUCCCCUGCGAAGGACACAAAUGUCCCAAAGCGAAUUGGGAAUGGGGUGCGGGAGCCUAGGGGAUGCAGGAUGGUGGGUGGGGGAGGUUUGCCAGAGUAAGGGCGGUGGGGGAAAAGGUGGCUUGGGGACUGAUGUCUGGCUGAAUCACGGGGCUGUGUUGGCAGAUGGAGAGCCAGAUGCUGUCUGCAACUGGCGAGCUGGGGCUUUGCCCAAAUAACGCUGUCUUUCUCUCCACCCACGGAACACCCAGGGUCCAAGACUGGAUGCUCAUAGGUUCAGAGAGGUAGCAUUUCCUAAGACAGCAUGUGUGACGGCCCUCCUUUCUACACCUUCUCCUAUGGUUUGCCAAGGAACCAGCAGGUCGGUUUACCGAGUCUACACGGACUGUUUCCAGAUUGCUGAAAAUAACGAUCAGACGGGAUAAUGUUGUUGCAGCUGACUGCCUGAUAGAAUGACUAGAGUUUAUUCCUGGAGAGCGUCAAAGCCUGUGCACCGGGAAGCCCCUCCCCUGGUACCUUUGGGGCCCCUCCCAGGGGUAACCAGUGUUGCCAGUUUCUUGGGUGUCUUUCCUAAAAUAAUUGGUAAAUAUACAUGCAAUUAUGUAAAAA